AUGGCCCCUGGAAACAUGACCCAGGUCACUGAGUUCAUCCUCAUAGGGGUCUCACAUUGUCCCGAGCUGCAGGUGCCCCUCUUCCUCAUCUUCCUGGGCAUCUAUGUGCUGACCGCCAUGGGGAACCUGGGCAUCAUCACCCUCACCAGUGUGGACCCCCGACUGCAGACCCCCAUGUACUUCUUCCUCCAACAUCUGGCUCUCAUCAACUUGGGCAACUCCACCGUCAUCGCCCCGAAAAUGCUGAGCAACUUCUUAGCACAGAAGAAAACCAUCUCCUACUAUGCCUGUGCCACCCAGCUGGCAGGAUUCCUGGUAUUCAUUGUGAGUGAGGCCUUCAUGCUGGCCGUGAUGGCCUAUGACCGCUACGUGGCCAUCUGCAUCCCCCUGCGCUACCUGGUGGUGGUGUCUCGGCGGGUCUGCCUGCUGCUGGUGUCCCUCACCUACCUCUACGGCCUUUUCACAUCCAUAGUCUUUACACUUUGUGUGUUCUCCCUGUCUUUUUGCUCUUCCAAUGUCGUCAAUCAUUUUUACUGUGAUAUUACACCUCUGGUGGCUCUGUCCUGCUCUGAUACUUAUGUUACAGAAAUACUUGUCUUUCUCUCUGCAGGGACAAAUUUGAUUUCCUCCAUGACAAUUGUUGUAGUUUCUUAUUUCAACAUUGUUCUGUCUAUUCUGAGGAUGCGAUCAUCAGAAGGGAGGAAGAAAGCCUUUUCUACCUGUGGGUCACAUAUGAUGGCUGUCACAGUUUUCUACGGGACAUUGCUGUUCAUGUACUUACAGCCCGGGACCAACCACUCCCUGGACACUGAUAAAAUGGCUUCAGUGUUUUACACACUGGUGAUCCCCAUGCUGAACCCCAUGAUCUACAGCCUGCGCAACAAGAACGUGAAGGCUGCCUUAAAGAGCUUCAUGACAAAUCCCUGCCAUUCUUGCAAGCUACUGUAA